GCGGGUCUUUUUCUUUCUUUGGGCUCUUGAGUGUAAACCCGACCUAACAACAAUGACAGAAGGGACUAAAAUGCCAGACGGCGACGCGGCCGGUAAGGAUGAGGUGCCCGCCGGCGUCCCCGCAGAGAACCGAUGGCAGGAGGAGGACAAGAAGGAGGACUGGGGCACGAAAGUGACAGUCCCGGAGCCGCAGUGUGUUCCGGGAGCGGAGGAGGUCGAGUUUGUGCACCCCGAGGGCGGCUGGGGUUGGCUGGUCAUGCUGGCUGCCAUGUGGUGUAACGGCUCGGUGUUCGGGAUCCAGAACGCCUUCGGUAUACUCUUCCUCUCUCUCCUCCGGGAGUUCGGCUCCGAGGACGACGAAGACCUCCGCUUCAGAACAGCGUGGGUGGGCUCUCUCUCCAUGGGGAUGAUUUUCUUCUGCUCUCCCAUUGUCAGCGUCUUCACCGACAUCCUCGGCUGCAGAAUUACUGCAGUCGGUGGCGCUGCAGUCGGCCUGGUCGGCCUCCUGGCCAGCUCCUUUGUCACGUCCCUGGGUCCCAUGUACUUCACCUAUGGCAUCGUGUUUGCCUGCGGCUGCUCUUUCGCCUAUCAACCUAGCCUGGUCAUCCUGGGUCACUACUUCAAGAAGCGCCUGGGCCUGGUGAACGGCAUCGUGACAGCUGGCAGCAGCAUCUUCACCAUUACUUUACCAUUUGCUCUGUCAGGCCUGUUGGAAAAAGUGGGCCUUCAGAACACCAUGCGCGUCCUCUGCAUCCUUAUGUUUGUGCUGAUGCUGGCCGGCUUCACCUACAAGCCCAUCCUGCCUGUCAAAUCCACUAACACCCAAACAGGCAGACAGUGCCCACCAUUGGGCCAGGUCUUCAACAUUAACAUCUGGAAGUCUGUGGGAUAUCGCAUUUGGGCCUUCGGUGUCCCUGCAGCCCUCUAUGGCUAUUUUGUGCCUUACGUUCACCUGAUGAAGCACGUCGAGGAGCGUUUUGGAACAGAAGCAAGUAAAGAGGUUCUGCUCAUGUGCAUUGGCAUCACGUCCGGUGUGGGCCGUCUCAUUUUCGGCAGGGUGGCAGACUACGUCAGUGGAGUCAGCAAAGUCUAUCUGCAGGUGACUUCCUUCUUCGUCAUUGGCCUCAUGUCCAUGAUGAUCCCUCUGUGCAACAUCUUUGGUGGGCUGAUUGCCGUCUGUCUGCUGAUGGGGUUGUUUGACGGCUGCUUCAUCUGCAUCAUGGCCCCUAUCGCUUUCGAGCUGGUUGGGGCCAAAGACGUGUCCCAGGCCAUCGGCUUCCUGCUGGGCCUGAUGUCUGUGCCCAUGACUGUGGGGCCCCCCAUCGCAGGCUUCCUGAGGGACAGACUGGGGAGCUAUGAUGUGGCCUUCUACCUGGCAGGCAUCCCCCCGAUCUUCGGAGGAGCUGUGCUUUGUCUGAUACCCUGGGUGGAGGCCCGGCGCAAGAGGGCGGAGAAGGAGGUCCUGAACAAGGAGCAAGACCUUACCCAGAAGAUGAUAGAGCAUGAGAAGGGUCAGGAAGACGCGCAAUGCAAAACUGGAGAGUCUGUCCUCUGAGUGCACUGCGGAACAGACUGAAAGAGAGACACACAGGGUCAGACUGACACUGUUGCUUACAGGCAGCAUUAAGAUACCGUGUGUGUGUGUGUGUGUGUGUGUGUGUGUGUGUGU